CCUAGAUGUAUAAUACUUUUUGUUACACUUCCAUCCGUAACAAAUAAACUAAAGCAGUGACAUAAACAUACAUUCCUAAUGCGGUUCAACAAGUUACCAUGUCUCCAGUACCUAUUGUUAAAAUGUUUACAAACAAUUAAACAAAUACAUAAAAUGGUAAUUACAUUAUAAAAUCUCCCUGCUUUUAUCAUUAAAUGUUAGAAAGUUUGGGAUAUAUUUAAUCCUGUGAAAUAAAGAAAACAGUAUACGACUUGAUGAGAAUCCUGACGCCUUCUUUCUUAACGUGAACAAGUUAUCACUUCAUUCUUAUAUAUCAAGCAUACGAGUGUUUAAGAAAAAGGAAAAUUUUACUUUUUUUAACUAUGAAUAUAAUUUUAGGAUGUUUUCUUUUGUUUGCAUGUGUGGACGGGCUUAAACGCUACUAUGCCUCGGAAUCAUGUGGUCACGUGCUGGGUCCCGACCAGCUCUCAGUAAUAUUAUUUGACGAGGACGUGGAUUAUGACAAGAAACAACCGUCAAACCAGCAAGAUCUUCAGCCACCAAUCGAGUUGAGAAACACAAUAUGGGAAUGUAUCAUAAUAGUUCGUGGGGUACCGUCAACAACAGAAGAGCGUUGGAUUGGAAUACAUUGGAGAGAAUUUCACGUUUGGGACCUGGCUAUAGGAACGGCAGGCGAGAGCAUUGAAGAAUGUGGUAAAACAUACAUCACUGUGUUUCAAGGUGCUGAUACGUCUGCAGUAAAUAACUGGACGCUAUGUGGCAAGGAUACAACACGACUGUUCUUUGAGUGGCCUGGCGAUUACGUCACGUUUUACAUCUACGCUGAUUUCCGGCGUAAUGAGUCGUACACAACACCAUCGACUACCACAACUACCACACAGGCAACAUGUGUGGAACCGGACUCAGUCAAUGCGGGUGACGUCACUCAAUUACCGAUUUGUACAACACCGAAAGGUAAAGGAAAGACUGACGGAACGACAACACCCCCUGACCUGGACACUUACCCAUACCCACAAGUGCAUUUUCGAGUAGACAUUACGUCGUUUGAUUUCGCAUGUAAUGAGACGAUAGAGGAGCAGACGUUAAAAUGUAACGACAGUGGACGAUGUCUCGACCAGAGCUUGGUAUGUGACUUUUUCUUCUCACAUAACUGUAAAUCAGAAGGUUUUCAUGACGAUAAAUCAGACCAAACGAAGGAUGGACCUGCUUUCUGUGGCACUAAAAAGACAACCACACCUAUCCCAACUACUACGACUGAGGAACCAGUGGAACCGUUUAACUGGGAACCAAUUGCCGCUGCAGUAGGCGCACUAUUGGCUGUCCUGGCGCUGUGCUGGUGUUGCUGGAGACCCGGAUAUAUACCGUGGAGAUUGUCUAGACUCCGUAAUAUUCCGUUCUUCAAUACACAGAAGUGUGUCUGCUGUCGACGUGGACCUACUCAGUGCUGUCCAUGUCUGAAAUGCUGCACAGGAGAUGGUACAGAAGACACAUAUUUUGCGGGGACAGUACAAGGUGUUGGCGGUGGAGGUGGUGGCAAGAAGAAGUUGUCCGUUAUUGGUGGGCGACCAUUUGGACAAAGCGGAUUAAACUUAAGUAAUGCGCCUCACAAAUUCGUUACACCAGGUAUGAACGCUGGGGGGAAAUACGCCGCACCGUCUGCUGGAUACGCCCCGUACGGAUCGGCUGUGAACGGAUAUGGACAAGAUCCUACUAACUUCGCCACAGAUUGGCUCAAAUUUAUUACAGGAGACGGUGCCCACCUGCGUGAACAACGUUAACGAAUAUAUUGGAAACUACACGUGAAACUCAUACAAAUACCGUUAGUCGAACAUUUUAAAAUGACGGGAUUGUCAAUAAAUUAUGUGUCACCAAUUAGCGACUGUUUUAUCAAACAAACAAAAAUCUCGUAAAAUUUUAUAUAAACAUGACAUCAUUUACCUUUCUAUUAAUAGCAAAACAUUAACAUUGACUUUAUAAUGAGUAAACAAUUUCUGUAUUUUAUUUUUUCUUUUUAUUUUAGAUUAGUCAUCAGAGCGUUUAGAGAAAUGUUAACAUUUUUUUACAUCGUAUAUCACAGGUUAUUUUGAUAUUUGACAUUCAUUAUUCAAAGAUAUACUAUGCACAUCUUUUGGUAAAAUAUUUUAAUCUUAGAAAUGUAUUGAAAUCCAUGAAAUUCUUACUAAAUAUGUUUAAUUUGAAUAAAAUAAUGAAUAAACUAUGUAUUGAAAGCUGCAUUCCCUAUUACAGGUCAAGUUAAGUUGGUCUUUUCUUUAAAAAAAAAACUGCCAGGUUUUUUAAUGACACUAUAUAUUCAUAUUGUGACCACCUAUAGUUUGUAGAGUUCAAAACAUAACAUAUCUACUUUAAAUGAAGUCGAAACAUGUUUAUUUUAUACACACAAAGAGACUGGGUAGCAAUUAUUAACAUUUUUAAAAAUCAAAUUUGAGCAUAGUAUAUCUUUAAUAUACAAAGGCUUUAAAUAGAUUAUAUUUAACAGA